CGACAUGCCAACUUUGACGCGAUUGAAAGCCCUCAUAGUUUGGUAUUUCAUGACAUUAAAGAGAAUACAUAGCAAGUGUUAGGUCACCGACAGCUUCUGGCCUCUGGCUUCUGGUACAGACUUUGGCAGACCGCAGUCAAAUAAGUGAACUUAUCCAUCCAUUCGAUUCACCUCACUUGACAUUCAACUGAGCAAGAUUUCGUACAUCACUUUUUGACUACGGGAUUUUUCUUCUUUUAUCUACCUUAUCUUACACAUCUUCUCCCAAGACAUCACCUUUGUCUCCUGAUAAUGUCCCUUCCCCCUAUCCCUCGGCUUGAUCCUGCUACCUUCCGCUGGCACCCGUCGCCGGAUGACCCCCGUGCCGUACGGCGCCUCGGGCUCGGCACCGAAGCGUGGGUUGGCUUGCGCGGCCCCAACUCCCGCGGGCAAUAUGAUAAUUACCUUAGCACCACCCUCCGUAUUGAAGCUGUCGGCUUCUCCCUGGCCGGCCUCGCGCGCCAUCUCGCCGACGCGCUGCUCCACGUCCGAUUCCACCACCCCGAGGUCGCCUGCACCACUGCCUGGGCCUCCGAGUACGGGCCCCCGCACAUCACCUACACUCCUCCGACGUCCGAUGCCGAGGCCCUGCAAUGGGCCCGGGCCGCCGUUACCGCAAGGUCCACAUCCCAGACCGGCCUGCAGGUCGCGGCCGAGAUCGGCAAGCAGCGCCAGAUCGACCCCGCCAAGUCCCUCCCGCCCGUGACGCUCGUCGUUGUGGCUGACGUGCAGGACGCGGAAGCGCUGCUGGAAGCUGGCAUCCGCGUGGACAUGCUCGGCGUCUUCAAUCACAUCCACUGGGAUAGCAUUAGCGCGCGCGUCUUCGUGGGGGACCUGCUGCGUCGUCUCGGGGAACAGCUGGGCGCUGGUGAGGCCGAGCCGGCAUCGUCGCAGUACGCUUGGGGUAGCGAGGUUGCUAAUCUGAACGUGCCCGUUCUCGAUGCCUGUAAGGUCGAUGUCGGCGCUCUUGGCGAGGACUACGAGAAGACCCGGGACAAGUUCAUUGCAGCCCUACUCGAAAGCGGAUCUAGCUGGGGCCUCCCUGUUGCUGCCGGUACUGGCGCCCCUCGCACGAUAUGGCGCACAUUCGCCGCCGAGCAGAGCGCUGCCAUCAAGGCAGCCAUCAAGACGCGUCUUGGCCCGAGUUUCACCGUGACUCACCUCGGCCACGCCGCCAUGGUCCUCGCCCUCCUCCGCGCCCGGCCUCUGCCGGCCGACGCCCCGGAUUCCGUCGCGCUCGCCUCCCCACUGCCCGUCAAUGGCAGGCGCUACCUCCGAGGCGACGCGGCGGGGCGCUAUGGCUCGUGCCAGGCCGGCGCCUCGGUGGAGUUCGCACCGCUGCGCGAGUGGGUCGUAGAUGAGAGCAAUGCCGAGGCCGUCCGGGCUACGCUCGGGGCGCUGGCAUCGCACGUCAAGGAGGGCUACGAGUAUUGGCUGCGGAAUGAGUUCCAGCUCGCCGUCGACCAGGCCAAGGGCAACUUCCUCGCGAGCGUGCUGGUUUCUGCACCGCCAUCGAUUCCGCCCACUAGCUUUCCAGUCUUUGCAAGCGACGGCAUCGUGGACAAGUAUGUCCCUGGAGAGGUGCUCGACGCCGUCGGCGAGAAGCUGCUGGUCGUGGAAAGCUGCUUGUUCCACCUUGACACCUAUCUCUCCGACGUGCUCAUCAGAAUGGACGGUUGGAAGGGCGUCACUGGCCUCUCCAUCUGCUUCAACGACGGCCGCCUGGAUGAGACUCUCGCAGAGGAAUUUCUUGGUUAUAUUGCGGGGUUCAUGCUGAAGUUUGCGGAGCAGUAAUUGGAGCCUACAUUGAAUCUUGAAUGGGUUGCUGCCGAAUGAAGGUGAUGGCGCUGGUCGAUACGAGACUUGAGACGAUGUCUUCACGAGCUCACAGAGUAGACAUGAACAAAGAGUAAUAAUUAAAGUUUGGUUCACCUGAAA